GCAGCGACCCCGGGGCCCGCUCCGCCCCGGCCGGGCCCAGCCCACGCAUGCGCGGUGGCGGGGAGGCGGCCGGCCGGCAUGACGGCCGAGCUGCAGGCCGCGGGCGGCGCCCCGGGAGGCGGCGGAGCGGAUUGCCAGAUGCUUUUAAACCAACUGAAAGAGAUAACAGGAAUUCAGGAUUCAGCUUUCCUCCAAGCAGCUCUGAAGGCUGCUAAUGGAGACCUAAUGGAAGCAGUCACCUUCCUCACGGAGGAGCAUGCUCAAGAGCCUGCUCAGGACACGGCUGCUGCUGAGCCAUCUGCUUGGGAAGGGAGUGCUGUGGGCAAACAGCUUCCACAAAAUGGUGCUGCUCUCAACCCUAACAACAAAGACGACCUCCACACAGUUGUUUUCAGACAACUGGAAUCACCAAAAGGUCAGGCUGCAGAAAGAGAUGCUGAAAGACCACAGGAAGUACAUUCUGCUGAAAACAAAAAUCGUUCCAAAAGGAAACGCUGUGAAGUUUGGGGAGAGAAUCCCAAACAGAGUGACUGGAGAAGAGUGGGCGACUGGCCUGUUGGAAUGAAAAACAUUGGUAAUACAUGUUGGUUUAGCGCUGUCAUACAGUCUCUGUUCCAGUUGCCAGAAUUUCGGAGGCUGGUCCUUGGCUACUCUCUGCCACAAAGUGUACUUGAAAGUUGUCGUAGUCGCACUGGAAAAAGAAAUAUUGCAUUCAUGCAAGAACUUCAGUGUCUGUUUGCUUUAAUGCUGGGAACACGUCGUAAGUUUGUGGACCCUUCUGCAGCACUGGAACUUUUAAGAGACGCAUUUAGAUCAGCUGAAGAACAGCAGCAAGAUGUGAGUGAAUUUACACACAAACUACUGGAUUGGCUGGAAGAUGCAUUCCAGCUUGCUGUGAAUGUCAAAAGCCCUGCAGAUAAAUCUGAAAACCCAAUGGUACAACUUUUCUAUGGCACUUUCUUGACUGAAGGUGUCCAUGAAGGCAACACUUUUUCCAAGAUCGAAACCUUCGGUCAGUAUCCCCUGCAGGUAAAUGGUUAUCGAAACUUGAAUGAGUGCUUGGAAGGAGCCAUGGUGGAGGGAGAAAUGGAUGAGGAGACUGCAACUCAGUCAGUGAAAUAUGGACAGGAGCGCUGGUUUACAAAGCUUCCACCAGUAUUGACCUUUGAACUCUCCCGAUUUGAGUUCAAUCAGUCACUGGGACAGCCAGAAAAAAUUCACACCAAGCUAGAAUUUCCUCAGACUAUUUAUAUGGACAGGUACCUUUACUGCAGCAAAGAGCUUAUUCAGAUGAAGAGAGAAGAAAUGAAGAGAUUAAAGGAGAGAAUGACGAUUCUGCAACAGAAACUGGAAAGGUACAUGAAAUAUGGCUCUGGCCCAGCUCGCUUUCCACUACCUGACAUGCUCCAGUAUGUUCUUGAAUUCAUCGCUACAAAGUCUGCUGUACCUGUGUCUCCUGAAUGUGUAUCUUCUGCUCAGGACUCUGAGACAACUGUCCUGCAGUCCCAAGCUGGGUCGUGCAUUUUGGACAUGCUUUCACAGCCAAACAGCAUACUAGAAAGAAAGGAUACUGAGACUGAAGAUGCAGCUGUCCUUUUGGCAAAUUCCUCGCCGCAGAAAAAAUUGGAUGUGCCACUCCAGCCUUCUGGUUCACCAGCAGAAAUAUCUGAACGGCCAGCUCCUCAUGAGGUUUCUGAGGAAGAGAUGAACCUUGUUAGGACAUGUCUACAGCGAUGGAGAAAUGAGAUUGAACAAGACGUGCAAGAUCUGAAGGAGUCUAUUACCAGAGUUAACCUAUCCAUUGAGCAAAUGUACUGUGACCCUCUCCUCCAACAGGUUCCCUAUCAUUUGCAUGCAGUCUUGGUACACGAAGGGCAAGCAAAUGCUGGUCACUACUGGGCCUACAUAUAUGAUCAGCCUCGAAAAAGCUGGCUCAAAUACAAUGACAUCUCCGUGACAGAAUCAUCAUGGGAAGAAUUGGAGAGAGAUUCAUUUGGCGGCUCGAAGAAUGCUAGUGCCUACUGCCUGAUGUACAUAAGUGAUAAGGUGUCCAGCUUUGUUGCAGAUGAAGAUGAUAGCUCAGAGGUCGGACAGUUUCAGAAGGAGGUUGAAGCCUUGCCCCCCGAGCUGAGACACUACAUUCAAGAAGACAAUUGGCGACUUGAGCAGGAGGCAGAGGAGUGGGAGGAAGAGCAGUCUUGCAAGAUUCCUCAGAUGGAGCCAUCAGCUGCUUCUGAAUCACAAGACCUGUCUUCUGAAUCAGGACUAGAUCAGUCUUCAGGCUGUGAGCAGAGCGUGCGUUCUCUGUCUUCUGAGCAUGCCAUGAUUGUGAAGGAUCAGACUGCCAAGGCCAUUGCGAACACAGCCACUGCCUAUGAAAAGAACGGUGUUGAGGCAGCUCUCUACAAGCCAAAGGAGGUAGAACCAAUGAAGGCCCACCCGGGAGAAACAACCUUUACAGUUCAGGCAGAACAACCACAAGAUGCUAAAGAAACAGAGUCUGCUGCCCAAACUAGCUCACAGGUCUCUGAAGUGGAAAUCCCCAGUGUGGGGAAGAUUUCUGUUAGAUCUGAUGCAGAUGGAUAUAAUGAGGAGGUGAUGCUGAGUCCAGCCAUGCAAGGUGUCAUCCUGGCUAUUGCAAAAGCCCGCCAGACCUUUGAUCGAGAUGGGUCUGAAGCAGGGCUCGUUAAGGCAUUCCAUGAAGAAUACUCCAGGCUCUAUCUCCUUUCCAAAGAGACCCCCACCCCUCAGAACGAUGCCCGGUUGCAACAUGUGCUCGUUUACUUCCUGCAAAACAAUGCUCCCAAACAGGUUGUGGAACGGACCCUUCUCGAACAGUUUGCAGAUAAAAACCUCAGCUACGAUGAAAGGUCAAUUAGCAUUAUGAAGGUAGCACGAGCUAAGCUGAGAGAAAUCGGUCCUGACGAGGUCGAUAUGGAGGAGUAUAAGAGAUGGCAUGAAGACUAUAGCCUUUUUCGCAAGGUAUCUGUUUACCUGCUUACAGGGUUGGAGCUGUAUCAGAACAGAAAGUACCAGGAGUCCCUGACCUACCUGGUCUAUGCCUACCAAAGUAACACCGCUCUGCUGAUGAAAGGAACCAACAGAGGAGUGAAUGAAUCACUGAUUGCCUUGUACAGAAGAAAGUGUCUCUUGAAGUUGAAUGAGGUGGCAGCAUCUCUGUUUGUGAGUUGUGAAGAAGCUCGUGUGGCAGAGGGCAUUAGUAUCCUGAAUGAGCUGAUCAUCCCCUGCAUGCACCUCAUGAGCACCUGUGACAUCUGCCAAGAAGAUCUGGAUGCCAUUGAGGUCAUGCGAAACCGCUGGUGCUCCUAUUUGGGACAAGAAGACAUGGACGCAAACCUGCAGAUGAAGCUGGGCGAAUUGCUUCCCAGGCUGCUCGACUGCUCUGCGGAGGUCAUUGUGCUGAAAGAGCCCCCGAAGAUCCGGCCCAACUCCCCGUACGACCUCUGCAGCCGCUUUGCAGCCGUGAUGGAGUCCAUUCAUGGUGCCUCGACUGUGACUGUAAAAUAGAUGGCAGACUUUCCCCCCGAUAUGGUGUGCUAUAAACCACCUGCCUUCACAGCAUCCUCCCAUCAGGCAGCAUUUAAAAGGGAGAGGGAAGAGAAUUGGUGAUUCAUAUUCAGGCCUGUGUUCUUUGUAAAUACAAAUGAAUAAAAAGCAAUAUUGCACUUUUGAGAUAGUAUGUUAGGUAAGCAUGCAAAGGACAUGAGCCACUGUUACUAAUAUGAUCCAACAGGUACCUGACAAUUCCAUCUGCUUUAUAUUCCCAAGACCAAAUGAGGAGUUGUGUGUUUUGUUUUGGCAACUUUCUCCGCUGUCCAGCAGGCACAUAUCACUGGGAUUGUGACAAUAGCAGAGGAAGAGAUUGGCUCAUCUAGUGAGCAAAACUAUUAGCUGUCAAUCUGUCAGACACACUUACAUCUUCCUAAAUUAUUAGCUGCAAGACAUUAUAUAUUCAGAUCUUGCCAAGCUUCUGCUAGCAGAAGUCUGAAUUGUGCGAUUAGGAAGCUGAGAGGAACAAUGGCACUCACUCUGUAUCAUGUGGUCAGUCAUGCAUGCAACUGCAUAUUUCAGUGAAGUCAAACAGGCAUUUGCCUUUUGUAUUUUAACUGGCAAAAGAAAAUAUGCAGGAUUCCUCCUCUGAGAAAGUCAAAAGCAAAUAAUGGCAGUGACAAGAGAAAGGACAGAACUGUAAAGAUUGCCUCCACCACGCUUGUGCUACAGUGAUAGCUGACUGGUUAAAGGACAUAAAACCCCUGAAGCGUGUUCCCCUCUUGGAUUGGAAAGUGAACUUCCUUCUCACCACUGGUGGAUUUUCAGUGCUGGAUUAGUGAUGAUAACUGUAAAGGUUAGAAUCAGCUUUUUAUUUUUUUUAAAUUUUUUAAUUAACUUUCCUUUAAAAAAAAAAAAAAAGCAAGCCCAUUUGGAUUUCCUUUCAUGAGCAGCCUGUAAUUGUGUUUGAACUCUGGCAGUUUUUUAAACCAAAUGCUGUAAGAGGAGAGGGUAAGCCUGUUUGUUAGGACUAUGCAGGUUUUCUAAAAGUGCAAUAAAAGCAUUUGUUCUAUGUUAGAAUGAAAAA